AUGGGUUCUUAUGAUAUUAGUCAAAUGAACACGGAUCUUUCUGAUAGUAGUCGAACUGAUCAGGGUUCUGUGUAUUUGAUGUGGAAGGAUAUUAUAAAUGGAGAAAAUAUACAUUAUGGAACACCCACAAAUCCUGUGGCACCUGACCGAUACCUGGAGGAUCUUCUAGUGGAAGCUGUUGCGACUGACACUGGAGGAAGUGUAAGAGUACCUGCAUCAUAUUGUGGAAUUAUGUUUCGGCCUUCAAUUGGUGCUGUUUCUACUGCUGGAGUUUCCUAUGUCACGUUUUUGAUACUCUUUAAUACAUCUUGCAUUCGUCCAUUGAUCUCCAAGCAAUCUAACGGUGAAGACUUACUGCUGGAAUACAUGAAAGGUAUGGGAAGCAAUAGAACAUCAUCAGAUAACAUUGAUGCCUGUCAAUCUAUGAGGACGGAAUUACGUGCUGCUCUUACUGCUCUCUUGGGAUUUGAUGUGGAUGGAUAUGUAACUGGAUUUGGAAAUCCUGAUUGGGCAAGGACUCAUUUGGCUGCCACGUCAACGGCUCCGGCUGUUUUGGCGGUCUUGAGAGGAGGAGCCACAUGUAUUGGUAAAACCAUCAUGGAUGAAAUGGCAUACAGUAUAAAUGGAGAAAAUAUACAUUAUGGAACACCCAGAAAUCCAUGUGCACCUGACCGGGUACCUGGAGGAUCUUCUAGUGGAUCAGCUGUUGCAGUCAGCGCAAAGCUUGCAGAUUUUUCCUUGGGAACUGACACUGGAGGAAGUGUAAGAGUCCCUGCAUCAUAUUGUGGAAUUUUUGGAUUUCGGCCUUCACAUGGUUCUGUUUCGACUUCUGGAGUAAUACCUAUGGCACAGAGUUUUGAUACUGUGGGAUGGUUUGCUAGGGAUCCUACAAUUUUAAAGCAAGUUGGUAACGUUCUACUGGAAUCAUCUGAUAUGUGUCUUCCUACAAUUUUAAAGCAAGUUGGUAACGUUCUACUGGAAUCAUCUGAUAUGUGUCUUGUCAGACCUAGUCAGGUGAUCGUUGCUGAAGAUUGCUUACGGCUUUCAAGCCUUCCAACUGAUCGGACAACUCAUGUGCUUGUUAAAGCAGUGGAGAAACUAUUUGAGGGUCAUAUUGUAAAGAAUGUAAUUCUUGGGGACUAUGUCAAGGACAAAGUUCCAAGUUUGAAGCAUUUCAUAGAUGAAGGAAGCAAAGAUCGAGAGUAUACUAUACCAUCCUUGGCAGCCCUUUCAAGUGCCAUGAGGUUGCUUCAAAGGUAUGAAUUCAAGAAUAACCAUGGUGACUGGGUGACAACUGUCAAACCUGAUUUAGGUCCAGGACUAUCAGAACGGAUAUGGGAAGCCGUAAGAAUAUCAGCAGAUAAAGUUGAUGUCUGUCAAUUUGUAAAGACAGAACUACGUGCUGCUCUUACUGCUCUUCUUGGGGAUGGUGGUAUCCUUGUUAUUCCUACGGUUCCAGGCCCUCCACCAAAACUACAAAUGGAUGCAACUGCAUUGGAAUCUUUUCGGGCCAGGGCUUUUAGCUUGCUGUCCAUUGCUGGAGUAUCUGGAUUCUGUCAGGUGAGCAUACCACUAGGAAUGUAUGAUAAUCUUCCCGUGGCAGUUUCCUUGUUGGCGAAACAUGGUUCAGAUGGAUUCUUGCUCAACCUUGUCAAGACUCUUCACGACGCCCUCAAAGAAGAGAUUCAAGCUGUCUAGAGAACGCAUAACUAACCUAAACAGGCUGUUUCCAAUUUUCUGUAAGUUUCACUUUUUCGCUUGGUAACACCUUCUUCCCAAACAUCUCUUUCUUACCAUGGCAGCUUGUAUAUAAAAAUGAAAAUGCAGAAUGUUGGAAUUAUUACUAAUUGGACUUGUUCAGGGGCCAGCAUUCUCUCCAAUUCCUAAAUCAAUUCAGGGAGAUAUAUAUGCUUCUUCCAUGAGAAAAAUACUUGGGAGAUACAUAAUGUAAU